AUGACGGAGACUCGUUUGUUUCUUGCCCCGCGUCCUCCUGAUGGCACAAAGCUGGAGAUAGACUUUCUGGAUUCAACUUUCUUCAAGACUCCCGGCCAGCGGCUACCGACGCCAGCACAAGUCCGGGCCCUGUCAACAGAUAUAUGUACGAGCCCUCAACCCAAACCUAUUAUCUUCAGAAACCCGAAUAUUUUCGUCAAGUUUGGUCGCUACGUUACGGUUGCAGAAGCUCAGUGCCUUUGGAUGGUUCAGCGGGCCUUUCAAGGCACUGUGCCGGUUCCUGAACCUUUCGGAUGGCGUGUUGAUGACGAGGGCUACGUAUUCAUUUACAUGCAGCUUAUCGAAGGACAUACGUUACUUGAUCGAUGGGAUGAUCUACACAGUACAGACAAAGAAAUGAUGCGCAAUCAGUUAUACGAAAUCAUUAGAUCUUUACGUCAACUUAGCCAAAAGUCCGGCAGGUAUAUUGGAUCUAUCAACUAUCAAAAACUUCCCGAUUAUAUCUUCCAGGCACUAACAGAAGCUGGUCCAUUUCCAAAUAUAAAGAAAUUUAAUGAUUGGUUUUCUUCCUUGCCUCAAUCGCGUCUUCCGGUGUCCCUGAAAUAUAAAGAUCCCUAUAGAGACCUCUUGCCUGAUGGUGGAGACGUCAAAUUUACUCACGCCGAUCUUCACCGAGGUAACAUCAUGAUUUCAUCGACCGCGCCCUUUCGAGUCAUUGCCAUCGUCGACUGGGGUCAGGCAGGCUGGUAUCCGGAUUAUUGGGAGUACUGCAAAGCUCUUUACACCUGCUGGUACGAGGAUGAAUGGCGUCGGGGCUGGGUUGACAAGUUUCUACAUCCACGACUGCAGGAGUUUCAAGUCUUCUCGGAAUACACCAUGGCGAUCGGUGCUGUCUAA